AAAUAAGAAUAAUCAAUUGCCGAUCUUCACAGUCGUCUCGAAAUUUUGCAGAUUUGAAAUCGUUAUAUCGCUGAUCGUUGCGAAUUGGGUGUAAACAAUUCUUUGUGUUUUACCGCAGCGAACCUUGGCACGGAAUUGAACAAAAGUUGGAGUUAUCCGCUAAAACUGUCAAGGAAUCUGUCUGUGCUGCUGCUGUGCGUGUGUUGUAUGUGUGUGUCUGUGGCGGUGUGUGCAAUUUUUUUCAUCAUUCAAUCCGCGUGUGUUUUGUGUGUGUGCCCCCGAGAAACGGAACGCGUGGCCCAGGACAAGACAAGACAAGCCGCAAGCCUCCAGUGCAGCAUUAGAUCAGAAGACCACACCAGACCACGUCUUUGCGGCCGUAGAAACAGUUAAUCUUUUAAAUCCUUAAACUUUUUCAACGCAAAAUUCUGCCUCCGACGAGCCAGUCUUCACGGAAGAUUCAAAAUUCCUAACCUCAACGGCUUCUCGAGGCCGUACAAUUAUGGGUUUAUAUGACAAGAGUGUUUCUACUACCAGCAGCACUGAGCCAAAUGGAAGCGUAGUCAGAAUCGCCGCCAGCGCCAGCACCGAGGAAGCCACCAGCAGCAGCAACAUUGUCGUCGUCGUCAACAGCAGUAGUAGCAGCAGAAGCCCAGCUCCUCUGUCAUCAGCAUCAGCCUUGUCUUCGUCCUUGGCAGCAGCAGGAGCAGGAGCAGGAGCAAGAGCUUCCUUUAUAGCACAGAAAGAGCUCCCUGGAACAGAAGUGGAGAUGUGCUCUUGUGAUAAUCAAAACCUAGCAACAUCCGCUGCGAAUGCAACAACUUCCAAUGGCAUUAAACGUAAACGGCGUUUAAGCAGCAGCGACUCCAAUGAUGAUGCAAAGGAUCCCGAACUCGGCUUUGAGCCACCAUCGGCUAAGCGGCAACAGCGCCUGCCUGCCAUCUAUGGCAGCGAUCAGAGCAGCAAUCUCUCCUCGGUGGCCUCCUCUGUGUACACCUCACCUGGCCAGAGCACCCAUGAGCUGCUGAGCAUACGCAGUUCGCCGGCAGAUGAGUUGCCGGAGGCCACGCACAGUCCGCUCCCCGACAGCCCCGAUAGUCCGCCCAGUCCGGAUCGCGGCUCGGCCAAGCAGGCGCCCGUUGUAGUGCGCUAUGCCGUAGACCAGGCCAGCAGCAACAGUCUGGCAGUAGUGACAGGGCAGCAGGAACCGCAGGAGGAGGAUGAUGAUUUGCUGGAUGAUAGCUGCGAGGAGUCUUCGUACGGCGAGGAGGAAGAUUUGGAGGAGGAGGAUGACGAGGAGAUUAACUCGUCGACUAUUUCGCCUGCCUCCUCAGGCGGCAACCUUCCAAUGCCGAGGUAUGGGUCCAUGCUAUUCGACAUCGCAUGUGGCAUACCACAGCUCGAAGAGUACUCGGGCCUGAAUUGCAUGUCGCCGGCGGUGGAGACCUCGCUACGUCAGUGCCCCCUGCCGGCCCUGGCCUGGGCCAAUGCGGCCGAUGUGUGGAAGCUGAUGUGCCAUCGGGACGAGCAGGAUUCACGUUUGCGCAGCACAACAAUGCUGGAGCAGCAUCCGGGCUUGCAGAAGCGCAUGCGGGCCAUCCUUCUGGACUGGCUGAUCGAGGUGUGCGAGGUGUACAAGCUGCACCGGGAGACCUUCUAUCUGGCCGUUGACUACCUCGAUCGCUAUCUGCAUGUGGCACACAAGGUGCUGAAAACGCACCUGCAGCUGAUUGGCAUUACGUGUUUAUUUGUCGCCGCCAAGGUGGAGGAGAUCUACCCGCCAAAGAUCGGCGAGUUUGCCUACGUCACAGAUGGCGCAUGUACCGAGAGGGACAUUCUGCAGCACGAAAAGAUCCUGCUGCAGGCCCUCGACUGGGACAUCAGCCCCAUCACCAUAACCGGCUGGCUGGGCGUCUACAUGCAGCUGAACGUGAACAACCGCACCCCGGCCUCGUUCACGCAGAUCGGCAAACAGAAUGCCACCGAGAAGGCGGCCGAUGAUGCCUUCAUAUAUCCCCAGUUCUCGGGCUUCGAGUUUGUCCAGACCUCACAGCUGCUGGAUCUGUGCACUCUCGACGUGGCCAUGGCCAACUAUCCGUACUCGGUACUGGCUGCGGCCGCCAUUAGUCAUACAUUUAGUCGUGAGACGGCCCUCCGUUGCUCCGGCCUGGACUGGCAGGUGAUCCAGCCCUGUGCUCGCUGGAUGGAGCCCUUCUUCCAGGUGAUCUCCAAGAAGGCCGCCUACCUUCAGGUGAAUGAGCAGAACGAGCAGGUCAGCAAUAAGUUCGGACUGGGCCAUGUCUGUCCCAACAUUGUCACCGACGAUUCGCACAUCAUUCAGACGCACACCACCACCAUGGAUAUGUAUGAUGAAUUGCUGAUGGUCCAGGAUGCUAUACACGCGAUGCGAGCCCGCACCCAGGCCUCGCCGGCCACAGCGCUGCGCGCCCCGGAGAGUGUGCUCACGCCGCCCGCCUCUAGUCACAAGCCCGACGAGGAGUUGGGCGAUGAGGACGAACCGUCGGCAAGCAGCAGCAGCAGUAGCGCCAGAAAGAGCAGCGGAGCCAUCAGUAGCUCCACCUCCUGUCACGCGUCCCAUCGCGAGAACAUUGCCACAGCUGGCAGCAUAAUGGCUGAGAGCAGCAGGGGCAAUCGCUGAGAGAUUCAGCUCAAAAACAUCAAACACCACGCCCGCCCACACAGUUUUUACGUUAAGUGUUUCUUAUAAUUAAAUUAUUUAUGUUAAGUGAAAAGUUAUUAGUUGCCUAAUUCCUAUGCUAAAAAAUAUUUAAUUUCAAAUUCUGCAAGCGCCCCUCCCUACUUUUUUUUGUUUCUUCGGCUUGAUAUUUUUUUCGUGGCCUGAUUUUUUUGCUCAGUUUAAUAUUUAAAUAUGUGUAUUUAUCCAAAAUCAUAAAUAUAAUCUUAAAUGUACACUCCUAACUACCUACAGAUACAAAUAUGCAUUGAGAGCAUAUAGAGGAAAAGUGAAUAGACCCUUAGAUUCUAAUAAGGCAAGCCGAAAGCUUACUAUAUCCACAAAUGAAACAAUAAGAGAUUGGAAACCGGAAUGUAUAUGUACAUAAAUUGAUGUAUAUAUACACUCUAUGAGUAAAUUUGUUGACCAGCGAUCAGAUCCUGUACCGCAGAGCCAGAGAACCAGUCAGAGUCAUCCACUCAUCCAAUCACCAAUUAAUCAUUAAGCGCAAGAUUAACAAUACUAAACUGACGGAGAAAGCGAUGGCAGGAAACGCAAUUCACUUGACUAAUCAACUAAAUCUAGUUUAAGUUGAGGGAAAUGUCAGAACUAGAACCUACAUAUGUAUAUGUAGAGGUAGUAACUAAACCGACUAAUGCUAAGCUUUGCAUUUCCAUUCAACGAUUAACCCAACCAACAAUGAAUCAAACAAAGACAACAAGUCCACAGCUGACAUGGAGUGAUAAUGAGUAAUGGCAUAAUUGAAUCAUACAACAUACAAAGCACAAAAUACACGAGUACAUGUAUAUCCUGAAUCCCUGAAUUGAACACAAAACUACAGAAAGAAAAAACUGUAAAGAACAUUUACUUACCCAUUACAUGAGUGCACAAGUAAUGUAACAUUUUUUAAUUUAGACUAAUUUGCCAUAAUUUGCUAAGCAAAUAAAUCCUGUAUAUAAAGAAGAAACAAACACACACGAGCACACGCACACAGAAAUGCGCGUACCGACAAAACGCUAACUGAAACGCAUAUAGUAUAUUAUUAUAUAAGUUUAGAAUUUCCAUAUACGGCUACGAUAUGUUUUGUAUAUUGAAAUAUUGAGGGAACAGUGCCCCGUUAGAAAAUUAUUAUUAGUUGCAUAGUUUAGGCAUAGAUAACAUUAAGUGUUCAUACGAUUAAGGAUGGAAUGAAAACCGAAAAAACACACAAAAACAACGACUAAAAGAAAGAAACAAAAGCAAAAAAAAAUGUAUCUAUUUAUGUUUUAUUUGUAGUUUUUAAAGGCAAUAUUCAUUUGAUUUUAAACAAU